CAAGAGACACAAAAGCAGUAAGAAACCUCUGUAACAGGCAGCGGCCGGGGAGACACGCCGCACGGCAGGGAUGUGACAUGAACUUCCCGCCCCAGCCUUAGCCUCCACCAGGUGCGAAUAAACUAGGAGAUGGGCUGCUCCUGGCGUGGGCGGGCUGGGAUGUGGCUGGCCGUUGCAUCGACGCUUAUCCUCUUGGUUGGAGCAGACAAGUUACAGAGCCAGAAUUUGGAAAUUCCGACCAUGCAGUUCCAGACUCGCUCUGCAUCCCACACGGACUAUGUUGGGCAGGUAUCGGCGGUGGGUUCGAACCUCUGGAGUUCUGGUUCCCUUUGGAUCUGGUGUUCAGGAGGUCGGAAAGGGGAAAAAGAAGGACCAUCACCGCCCGAUAGGCCCUUUGUCGCGAAAUUAUCUCGACUGAAGCGGGAACCAGAGAACGAAGCUAAGCCCAAGAGUCCCAAAGAUGGGGCCUGAGCAGGAGUUAGCGCGAGAGUUAGUGUCUUGGUGAGUGGGCGACGAUGCAUCGAACCUCCAUGGAACUGGAAGAUUGGCGUGUCACCACCGCAGCCAACAUCACAAACAGCGGCUAUUGCGAGCCCCGGGGGACGGAGAGAGCGUGGGAGAGCCCUGAGACUGUUGGCAAACUCAAUUUCUCGAGUCUCAUGUUCGCAAAACUUCUCACAAGCUGGCGAACGGUGGAAACCACAGCCAGAACAUCCGAGGAUAAGACCCGACGCGGUCCACGGCAAGUCGAGGAAGAAGCAAAAAUACAAUUCCACAACACAGAAAACCAAGCGUGGACGUCAAUUGGAAGUUAAUCCAGGCACGUCUGGAUCGUCAUUCGCUUCCACU